CUCUCUCUCCCGCUCUCUCACUCACUCAUAAACCCACGCCCUGGUGCAGACGCAGAGGCACAGACGCCGGCAGACACUGCAGACGGACAGUCUCUCUCUCUCUCUCUCUCCCCCGACUCAGUCGCUUUGUGCCAUACGCAAAAAUGUCUGACAAGCCCGACCUCACCGAGAUUGCCAGGUUUGACAAAACCAAGCUGAAGAAGACCGAAACAAAGGAAAAGAACCCUCUGCCCACCAAAGAGACUAUUGAGCAGGAGAGGAAAGGAGAUGCGAGCCCCUGACCUGAUGGAGAGGAGCAGGGCCAAGCACAACAGAUGUUCCUCUGAUGGCACUUUGAACCAAUCACUAUUUACAUUUUCUAUUUCAGUUUAAAGGGUGCUACUGCCCCAAGUGAUGCAUGGUUAUCAAGGUGAUGGGAGUCACUGGGGCCUAAGAUUGGGAGAACAAGACAUGGGGUGGCAUAAGACAGGGUCCGAACAUGGAUCUUUUACCAAAUUCUGUUCAGUGCAAUGGGGCAUUUUUCUUAAUUUUCUAACAAUGUUCUUCAUGAAAUAAAGACAAAUAUGAUCACACACAGUAUUAGAUGUGACUCCUAAUCUUCAAAACCAGCUUUGUUAACUAUUCUGAGCUGUGGGACAUGGUAAAGGAGAAAAUUUACAAUAAAAAAAUAUAACACUA